AUGAUGGCAGUUCUACAGGUUGCUAUGCGGAGGAGUGCCACCAUCGGCCUGAAAUCACACCGGGCAUUAUCCACGCAAAGCAGGUUGACCCUAUCUUACGACCUACAUGAGCCCAGCAAGCGAGCUGUUGGCGGAGUACUCGCUCGUGAUUUGGGCAGACCCGUGUAUGCGCUGGAUCUACGCAACCAUGGCGAAUCGCCCCAUGCAGCGCAGCACGACUAUGUGCACAUGGCGGACGAUGUUGCCGAUUUCAUGAAUCAGCAUGGACUGAUAAUGCCGACGGUCAUCGGCCACUCGAUGGGAGCCAAAGCCGCUAUGACCCUCGCUUUGAAAUCCCCCGAGCUUGUGCAAGAUAUCGUGGCGGUUGAUAAUGCGCCUGUCGACGCUGUCUUGGAGGGCUCAUUUAGCAAGUACAUCCAGGGCCUGAAGAGAAUUGAAGCAGCCAAUAUCACGAAGCAGGCCGAGGCAGACGAGAUUCUUAAGGAUUACGAGGAAUCUCUUCCUAUCCGCCAGUUCCUUCUGGGUAACCUCUACCGGCCCGAUGCUGGUAAGCCACAGCAAAAAUUCCGGGUGCCUCUCGACAUCAUCAGCCGCUCCUUGAUUCACAUGGGCGACUUCCCGUUCAAGGACGCGACCAAGGCUCGAUUCGAAAGACCUGCUCUGUUUGUCCGAGGAAUUAAGAGCAAGUAUGUGCCCGAUGAUGUUUUACCUACGAUCGGGCAAUUCUUCCCCAAGUUUCGACUGGCAGAUUUAGAUGCCGGGCACUGGUGCAUUUCGGAGAAACCAGAGGAGUUCCGCCAAGACGUCGAUAUCACGACCGAGGCCACGUAG